AGUUAGAAGAGAGAGCAUCUGAACCAUGGCUUGUCUCUUGCGAUUUUGGUCCCGCCUGAGGACACCGAGGCCCGGGGACCCUGAGCACCCCGAGGUGGAGAAGAACCAACCGGGGAAACCAAAGAAAGAUGGAAAAAGGUGGAAGCUUAAAAGCUUGAGGAAGAUUUUUAGGAGGAAGAAGAAGGUGACCGGCGAAGGUGAAGAGGCAGCAGCAGCUGAAGAUCAUCGGAGCCUCAUCCAGCCGGAACACGAGGCUGAUGAUGCCCACCAGGGAACCGGGAACCUGGAGGUGGAGACCCAUGACGAGGUCGUUAAAGGUCUGGAUGGAUCUAGAGAUCAUCUUCUGGAAUAUGAGACCCUGAAGGUGUUGGAGACCAAGUCUGAGCACCUUAGAAAACGCAUAAAGUUCCUCCUGGAAAAAAAUGAGAAACAGAUUGAGCUCAAAUCAGUGAGAGCUGAAGUUGAAACCCUUCAGAAGAAAAAAAGGGUGAGGAGAGGAACAAGAGGACGUGGACGUAAAAUCCACUACAGGAAGAGGGAGGAAGAAGAACCGGAGACAGGGGAUGUUAGACAGCCCCAAACUGGUGAAGCUGGGGAAGAAACCCAGCAGGUGAUGAAGGUGGAGGAAGAAAAAAAGGUGAUGGACGUGGUGAUGGAGACUGAAGAGGCUGAGGCUGAGGCCUGUUAUGAGCAACCUCUGGCAGAAGAGUCCAGAGUGAAGUUCUUGGAUGAAGCCAAAGAUGAAAGUCUUCAGAAGAAGAAGAGGGUGAGGAGAGGAACAAGAGGACGUGGACGUAAAAUCCACUACAGGAAGAGGGAGGAAGAAGAACCGGAGACAGGGGAUGUUAGACAGCCCCAAACUGGUGAAGCUGGAGAAGAAACCCAGCAGAUCAUGAAGGUGGAGGAAGAAAAAAAGGUGAUGGACAUGGUGAUGGAGACUGAAGAGGCUGAGGCUGAGGCCUGUUAUGAGCAACCUCUGGCAGAAGAGUCCAGAGUGAAGCUCUUGGAUGAAGCCAAGGAUGAAAGUCUUCAGAAGAAGAAGAGGGUGAGGAGAGGAACAAGAGGACGUGGACGUAAAAUCCACUACAGGAAGAGGGAGGAAGAAGAACCGGAGACAGGGGAUGUUAGACAGCCCCAAACUGGUGAAGCUGGGGAAGAAACCCAGCAGAUCAUGAAGGUGGAGGAAGAGAAAAAGGUGAUGGACGUGGUGAUGGAGACUGAAGAGGCUGAGGCCUGUUAUGAGCAACCUCUGGCAGAAGAGUCCAGAGUGAAGUUCUUGGAUGAAGCCAAGGACGAAGGUCUUCAGAAGAAGAAGAAGGUGAAGAGAGGAACAAGAGGACGUGGACAAAAAAUCCACUACAGGAAGAGGGAGGAAGAAGAACCGGAGACAGGGGAUGUUAGACAGCCCCAAACUGGUGAAGCUGGGGAAAAAACCCAGCAGAUCAUGAAGGUGGAGGAAGAAAAAAAGGUGAUGGACGUGGUGAUGGAGACUGAAGAGGCUGAGGCCUGUUAUGAGCAACCUCUGGCAGAAGCAAAAACCACCUACUGGUAUGGUGCAGGAACUAACCACUGGUAUCACCAGCAUUACCAGCAGCCGUAUUACCAGCAGCCCCCUCCAGCCACAUACUGGUAUGGACAGAUAGACACAGGUGCAGGAACCAACCACUGGUGCCAUCAGUAUUACCAGCAGCCGUAUUACCAGCAGCCCCCUCCAGCCACAUACUGGUAUGGACAAAUGGACACAGGUAAAGGAACUACUUACUGGUACAACCACGACCAGCAGCACCCCCAAGCCACAUACUGGUAUGGACCAGAAAACAGUGGAAACCAGUGGUGCCAGUGGUAAAUAACCAGGAGCUCCCAGAGACCGUGAGGAGGAGAAACAUCUGAACACCAGCAGCACCGAAACAUCUGAAAUAAAUUCAAAUAAAAGCAAAUAAAUACAAA